AUGGCAACGGAGGUCCCUGCCCUCGUCUCUUACCCGGCCGAGCCCACCACUCUUGCUCCCGACUGGCGGUUCGAGAACAUCAAAGUCUCGCGGGGACCCAAAGAACAUGAGCUCAAGAUCCGGAUGGUCGCGACGGGGAUAUGCCACUCAGACAUCGUGGUCGGCUCGCUCCCCGGAAACCUGAUCGGCCUCAAGUUCCCCAAGGUGCUGGGCCACGAAGGCGCCGGCAUCGUCGAGGAGGUCGGACCGGGCGUGACGGCGGCCAAAGUCGGCGACCCGGUGCUGCUGUCGUACAGCUACUGCAACGACUGUGAGCUUUGCAACAGCCACCAGCAGCCGUACUGUUCGUCGUGGCAGCUCCUCAACAUCUUCGGCGAACCGGGCAUCUUCGAGACGACCGGUGGAGAAGACGUGCCCGCCAAGUUCUUUGGCCAGUCGAGCUUCGCGGGGACCAGCAUCGUCGGCGAGGCCAGCGUGGUCAACCUCAAAGACCUGAUCCAGAGCCACGACGACUUGAAGCUGCUGGCGCCCCUGGGGUGCGGCCUGAUGACCGGGUCCGGGGCCAUCAUGAACGGAGUGUCCGCCAAACCGCACGACAUCGUGCUGGUCACGGGCAUCGGCGCCGUCGGGCUGGGGGCGGUGAUGGCAGCCAAGAUCGCGGGCUGCAAGGAGAUCAUCGCCGUCGACCGGGUGGCCCACCGGCUCGAAACCGCCAAAGAGCUGGGCGCCACCCGGGUGCUGGACACGUCGACGAUCGCCGAGGGCAGCGGCACCGUGGCCGAGCACAUCCAGAAGCUGGUCGAGGGGCAGCGCAUCUCGAUAGUGAUCGAAACCACGGCCGCCGUGCCGGUCAUCCAGGAGUGCAUCCGGGCGCUGGGGCGGCACGGGCGGCUGAUCCAGCUGGGCGCCCCGCGGCCAGGCACACAGGUCACCAUCCCGCUGAACGAAUUCUUCAGCGCCAACAAGUCGUUCGAGUGCCACUACCUGGGUAACACCACGGGCCAGGCGUGGAUCCCCGUGAUGAUCCGGUGGUGGCGCGAGGGCAAGUUCCCCAUCGAGAAGAUCGUCAAGCAGUUCCCCGCGAAGGACGCGCUGCAGGCCCUGCACGGCAUGGAGGACGGGAGCGUGAUCAAGCCUGUUCUCGUCUGGUAG